UUCGCUGUUUCAACACAUAAAUGCAAACCACAUUUGCUACAGAAAUUUCCCGGAUGUUCAGUUCUUAGAAUUCCACAACCGUCGCUUAUGUUCAGAAUGUGGCUUUGCUUAUGGUAAUCGUUUCUCAUUUUGCCGACGUUCUCUAGGUCCUGGUCGUGGUAGAUGUCGUGGUUUGAUGACCCAUCCAAGUGCAUCAUCCUGGUUGAGUCAGUGUGAAUCCACAGCUGUUAACGGUGAUAUUGGAAUUCAGAAUUCACCUGAGGUAGCUCCAACAUCAGCUUCAAGGAUUACUUCUUCAUCAGUGCCUGUAUCCUCAUCUUCUAAUUUGGUGCUCGAGGGUAUUAAAGCAGCUUCUAUGAUGUCCUAUCCAGCUGUUGGUGACAUGGAAUUGUCUGUUUUCAAUUCACUGAUGAACGAAGUUGUCACCACACCAGUUCAGACAGUUACUCAUGUCCCAAAAUCAGUUAGACCACUUCUAAGUGUGGUUUUAGCUAAAGAAUUACGGUGUGCUUGUGAGGGUGGCCUGUGGGGCUUUGCUCGCCUCUUCAUGCUGGCCAAAGCUACCCUUCGCUGUCCUCCUCGUGGUGGGAGAAAGAAAAGGUACGUUGUAAAGGAAAUUUUGUCUUCUCGCCUUCAACGUUGGUUGGAUGGAGAUAUUCUAUCACUGUGGCUGGAUGUCAAGGCUGAGACUAACCCUUGCCAUGUUUCAUUGAAUUCCUCAAAUACCGCUACCACAAAUACUCGAAGAUCAUUGAGAUUGGCUUCAGAAGGUCGAUACAGUGAUGCACUUCAGGCUUUGGGUUCACGAGGUUGUGCCUCUCAUGACAGCAGUGAAGCUUUAGAAGAGUUGGCAAAUCGACAUCCAGUUCACGAUCUUCCUGCUUGGCUAGAGGAAGUCCCACCUUCACUAGUUGUGGACUCUCAGGAGGUUAUUUCUGCAUUGGAAGCAUUUCCCAAUGGCUCAAGUCCCGGUUAUUCUCAUCUUCGAGCACAACACUUAAUUGAUGCUAUACGAGGUUGCAAUGUUCCAGAAGCGCAGUCCUGUUUAGAAAACCUAACACGAUUGAUGUGUCUCUUGUUGUCUGGAAAACUUGAUCGCAACAUUUCUCCCUUCCUGUCUGGUGCCCCUUUGACUGCUCUCCAAAAGAAGGCUGGCGGCAUUCGGCCCAUUGCUGUUGGGGAAGUGUUGCGUCGUUUGGCUAGCCGUCUUUGCUGUUCUGCUAUAAAACCUCGCUUACCGGACGUCUUCUUACCAUAUGGUCAGGUAGGUGUUGGAAUACGAGGAGGUUUAGAGGCAAGUGUUCAUUCUCUAAGGUCAUACAUUGAAGAGAACAGUGCUAGACAUGACCUGUGCUGUUUCAAACUGGACAUGAAGAAUGCGUUCAAUGAAUGCCAUUGCAAUUCAUUCCUGAAGAGACUUGGCAGUGAAUUUCCUGAAUUGGUAGCUUGGCAGGAGUCCAACAAGGCGAUCCACUGGGACCACUGCUGUUCUCCUUAG